CACUCAGCCUCCCCUCUCCUUCCUCUUAGACGCCUCAUCCUCCCCUCCGAGCUUCCAGUCCCUUCAGCAGGAGCGGUCGCCGGAGCGGGGCCGCCCUCGGUGCUCCCGGCUGAGCGCCCCAGUCCCCGGCUCUCCGCGCUCCUCCGCCCGCUGUCCCAGCCGCCGCCUCGGGAGGAAAAGUUUCAAGAAGGGGAAAAUCGAGCUUAACCCUUAAAAUGAGCGAACUGGAGGAAGACUUUGCGAAGAUUCUCAUGCUCAAGGAGGAGAGGAUUAAGGAGCUGGAGAAGCGGCUGUCAGAGAAGGAGGAAGAAAUCCAGGAGCUGAAGAGGAAACUCCACAAAUGCCAGUCGGUGCUGCCGGUACCCUCCACCCACAUCGGCCCGAGGACCACCCGGGCGCAGGGCAUCUCCGCGGAGCCGCAGACCUACAGGUCCUUCCACGACCUGCGCCAGGCGUUCCGGAAGUUCACCAAAUCCGAGAGGUCAAAGGAUCUCAUUAAGGAGGCCAUCCUUGACAAUGACUUCAUGAAGAACUUGGAGCUGUCACAGAUCCAGGAGAUUGUGGACUGUAUGUACCCCGUGGAAUAUGGCAAAGACAGCUGCAUCAUCAAGGAAGGAGAUGUGGGGUCACUGGUGUACGUCAUGGAAGAUGGGAAGGUUGAAGUCACGAAGGAAGGCGUAAAGCUGUGCACGAUGGGCCCCGGGAAGGUGUUCGGGGAGCUGGCUAUUCUCUAUAACUGCACCCGGACAGCGACCGUCAAGACUCUGGUAAAUGUGAAACUCUGGGCCAUUGAUCGACAAUGUUUUCAGACAAUAAUGAUGAGGACAGGGCUCAUCAAGCAUACCGAGUAUAUGGAAUUUUUAAAAAGCGUUCCAACAUUCCAGAGCCUUCCUGAUGAAAUCCUCAGCAAGCUGGCUGAUGUCCUCGAAGAGACACACUAUGAAAACGGAGAAUACAUCAUCAGGCAGGGCGCAAGAGGUGACACCUUCUUUAUCAUCAGCAAAGGAAAGGUGAACGUUACUCGAGAAGACUCGCCAAGUGAAGACCCAGUCUUCCUUAGGACUUUAGGGAAGGGAGACUGGUUUGGAGAGAAAGCCUUACAGGGGGAGGAUGUGAGAACAGCAAACGUAAUUGCUGCAGAGGCCGUCACCUGCCUUGUGAUUGACAGAGACUCUUUCAAGCAUUUGAUUGGAGGACUGGAUGAUGUCUCUAACAAGGCCUAUGAGGAUGCAGAAGCGAAAGCAAAAUAUGAAGCCGAAGCUGCCUUCUUCGCCAACCUGAAGCUGUCUGAUUUCAACAUCAUCGACACCCUUGGAGUUGGAGGUUUCGGACGAGUAGAGCUGGUCCAGUUGAAAAGUGAAGAAUCCAAGACAUUUGCGAUGAAGAUUCUCAAGAAACGCCACAUUGUGGACACAAGACAGCAGGAGCACAUUCGCUCGGAAAAGCAGAUCAUGCAGGGGGCCCAUUCCGACUUCAUUGUGAGGCUAUACAGGACCUUUAAAGACAGCAAAUACCUGUAUAUGUUGAUGGAAGCUUGCCUAGGUGGAGAGCUCUGGACUAUUCUCAGGGAUAGGGGGUCAUUUGAAGAUUCGACAACCAGAUUUUACACAGCAUGUGUGGUAGAAGCGUUUGCCUAUCUGCAUUCCAAAGGAAUCAUUUACCGGGACCUCAAACCAGAAAAUCUCAUCCUAGAUCACAGAGGUUACGCCAAACUGGUUGACUUUGGCUUCGCAAAGAAAAUAGGAUUUGGAAAGAAAACAUGGACAUUUUGUGGGACUCCAGAAUACGUGGCCCCAGAGAUCAUCCUGAACAAAGGCCAUGACAUUUCAGCUGACUACUGGUCACUAGGAAUUCUAAUGUAUGAGCUUCUGACUGGCAGCCCACCUUUCUCAGGCCCAGAUCCUAUGAAAACCUAUAACAUCAUACUGCGGGGGAUUGACAUGAUAGAAUUUCCAAAGAAGAUUGCAAAAAAUGCUGCUAAUUUAAUUAAAAAACUAUGCAGGGACAACCCAUCAGAAAGGUUAGGAAAUUUGAAAAACGGAGUGAAAGACAUUCAAAAACACAAGUGGUUUGAAGGCUUUAAUUGGGAAGGCUUACGAAAAGGCACUUUGACACCUCCCAUAAUUCCAAGCGUUGCGUCACCCACAGACACAAGCAAUUUCGACAGUUUCCCCGAGGACAGCGAUGAGCCACCACCUGACGACAACUCGGGCUGGGACAUAGACUUCUAAUGUAUUUCUCUUACCUGCUUCUGCCUUGCUGAAGACAGCUUUUUUUCUGAGACACAGCUGCCAGCAAACCUGAGGGAAAGAGAGAAGAUUAGUGCUCGGGGUCACCAUGAUGCCUUUGAUCGAUGCUGCUCCAGGAACUACGGUGGCAUUAGGACUUCUUGCUUAGGUUACGAUAGUGCUCUUUACAUGUUUUACGUUUGAACCUGAAACAGCAGUUGACAUGGUGGUCCUGAAGCAAAGCCUUUCACCAUAAAGUGAUGUUCUCUAUUGUUGCGAUGACCUUGCUUCGCUCUGAUUAUAUUUUGAGAGUGUAGGAAACACUUAAUCUAGUAGAAGAGUCUGCAUCUUGCUAGAAUGACCGAGAAGAACAGAGAAUCAUAUAUUUGGUACGAUAGAUGGCUGUGGUACAGAACCCGGGAUACUAUUCCCUUUCGUCAAACAGAGGGUAGAGCUUGUGAUGGCAAGCCGGUAUGUAUAUCGUACAGAGAGGGCCACACAUCUGUGGGUCACAGAGGUCAUGCCAAACCCAUGCUAGAAGUUUCUGCGUUUCUUUCCAAGCUGAUGACGAGACUGAAUGUUACCUUUCCUUUCUGAUAGAUUCUAAAAAUUGGUCUGAUCAAAAAGCACAACUGCUUUGGCUUCUGUAUAAGCCUCCCGUGGCAGGUACAUAUAGUGUGCUUUUGGAGGAUGGAAAAUGUGCAUGGAAACUGAGAAAUUGGUGUGACAAAAUGGAGGGGAAAAAAAGGAAUUCACAACACCAUUUCAUACCUUUUUUAAAAUAUAUAUAUAUAUAUUGUGCUUAAAGAGGGUCCUGGAAAUGACUAGCAGCCAAUUGGUUUUAUUUAUUACCUAACACCCUCAAACUGAGGCUUAAACUAUUCCCUUUUAUAAGAAUAAACCCUUGGGAAAGGGAUGGGGAGGGUGGGGAGGAAUGAAGACCCAUCCAAAAAAUAAAAAUGAAAAGGUGCUAUGUCUAUCUUUCAUCUGUAAUGUCAGUGUCUGAACGGACGACACAGAUUCUAAUCAUCAUGUCUAGCCAGAGAUUCAAGCAUUUUCACUAACUUUAUUAAAAAUAAACUCCUGUCAGACAUCACAACACAGUCCAGGUCUCAGAGAGAAAGGAUAUUAAAAAUGUGUUUAAACUAGUCUCUUGUCUUAGACCUGAACCAAAACAAGAUAUACAUGUACAGUCUGAAAGCGCAAAGCCAAUGGUAUUAAGACUUUACUGUACUACGGAGCUUUGCUUAUGUGAGGUCAGGGAGGAAGACAAAACCUAGCCAGGAGCCGAGCAUCUUUCCCUGCGGAUGUUUGUCAAAGUAAGAGGGGUUAGAGGAGAAAACAGGAAACUGAUUUCUCAAAACUGCAUUUUAGUUAAAUGGAGCAGAGAGGUAUUACAAUCUUGAAAUCUCAUGUUGGCCGGAGAAGACAAAAUUUGAAAAGGUCAAACUAACUGUCUUUUUCACAUGAGGCAAAGGAUCAUCAAACUAAAACAAAUAUGUUGCUGGCCUGUCAGCACUGUUCUCAAGUGGCCGAACUUUCCGAGGCUUUUUGGCUUGGCGGGUGGCAUGUUACUUACACAGGUAAAUGUACAGCCGUCCAAGAUGUAAUCCUGAUUGGAAAUGUGUGUUAAGAACAAUUUGCCAUUUUUCUGGUAGUUUUUUUUUUUUUAAGGUAGAAAUUCCUAUAAAAAUAUUUCCACUAGGUCAUCACACCCUAAUCAGAAAGUCACAUGAGUUUUGUUUGAAAUUUCAUCGUCAAAACCACUUUCAAAUGUGCGAACCUAUCAAAAUAUAAUACCCCGAAAACAUUUGAAGCCUAAAACUGCUGAAAGUAUAUUUAACUAGGGUAAAAGUUCAACUAAAACGUUGAUCCCGAUAUUAUUAUUGUUUAUGAGAAUCCUCUCCUUCACAUGCAAUUUCUCAAGAUUAGUCGAUUUCCUGAGAGAUCUGUGGAUUCCACAGGCUAGAUAAUAUAUAAAAUUAAACACAUCAAGCUAAAAUUCAUUAAUUUCUGAAGGUUUAUUUAUCUCUUAACUGGUUUUAAAAACAUAUUUCCAACAUUAUAAUCAGUGUUCAAUAAUUUUUGUUGCAAGAUAGUGGGGUUUAGGUACGCUGAAGGCUUGCUAGGAUGUUACAUUUGUCUUGUUAUUAGAGAAGGGAAUCUGGCUCUCUAAUUUUCAAAUAUUCACAAAUCCCCAGGAAUUAUCAUGGACCAUGUAUUUAGGAACUGGGGUUCGGCUAAGACAACUCGUGUGUGUGUGUGUGUGUGUGUGUGUACAUGUUCUAUGAAGAAGAAAGUCGUUGCUUUCAGCACAAUGUGACUGUGGGCUGUUUUCAUCACGUGAUACAUCUUUGUUCAUUUCAUCCACAGUAUUGAUUAGAAUGUCCAAAGCAAUCACAAGAAAUAAAGGUGAACUCUAUCUUCCAAGAACUUCUAACAGAAAACGUUUAUCACAUUUUCAACACUGAAUUUUAAGGAUUGAAAUCUUGUCUUAAUGAAGACACUAGGGCUAUAAUUCAUGGUCAGCUUCAUAAACCACAUCUUACUUUCUGGAUUCUUCCAUGGCCCCUCAUUUUUUGUUUUGUUUUGUUUUGUUUUCUUUCACAAAAAAAAAAAAAAAAAACAUCUAGAUAAGUUAGAAUAGAGUCAAUUUGUUUAAUUUGCUGACUGACUUUCUUGUUGAUACUUUUGCGUAUGGGAAAUAGGGCUUUCUGUGUGGGUUAAAUCACAGGAAAAACUGCCAACUGCCCAGAGAAGGACAUCACAAUAUUUAAUUAGAGUGAACACAUUAGAAAAAGUGAGUUUGGGAAACUUGUUAUAGUUUAUUUUUACACUUAUGACCGUCUUUGUUAUUUGGAUGUGAAUCAAAUCCAUGUAGUAUUUAAAAUAAAUUUAUUAUUAUAAUCCUCACAAUCACAGGUUAUUUUUCCUUCCACGUUCGGGAGUGUACACGUGGAACACACACGUAGAAUAUCUGAAACAGCGAAUCCUUCACACUUCAUCUCCACAGACCUGAUGGCAAACCUGAAGCAGUCGGCUACCACAUUGAACACAAGCGUAUUAAAACCAACUUUAUACAGUAGAGGUGACCUCUGCUUUAUCACAGUGUUUUCUUUCACAAUAGGACCACAACAAAUAUUUAUGUAAAUAGAUAUUUUUGUGUGAUAUUUUGUGGUACAUAUAACUUUUUUUUAGUGUUUCACGGCGUUAUGAUUUCAUCUUAUUUGUAUUAAAUAAUGUUUUUAGGUCGAAGUAGACUUGAAUGAACGUUAUAAUUGUUAGUAUUAUUAAAACUUUUGUCAACAAUACUGUCACUCAUCUGUCCCCUAGUUUAGAACAUGACCUGGCUAUCUGGCAUUGUUGCAAGUGCCUUAAACUCAUGGCAUCUUAUUAAGAAAACAAAUUUGGUGUUAUGCUGCAUGACAAAGACAAACACACCUCAAAAUGUUGUCCUUUCUUAGCUUGCUGCGUUUUACAGUUCUUUCUGCUAACGAUUUAUAAGCCUUUAUUAUAUAAUAUUGAUGAAUUACAGAAAUGAUGAAGUUGUUACCUUAUUUCUGUUAAACGUACCAGAGCUGUGUGUCUGUUCAUGAGAUACAGCGUCAUUUCUGUGAAAUGUAUAAAUGUAUGUGCAGGUCAAAUUACUAUAUGACAUACUAUCAGUCUGUAUACAGGUGUUCCUGUUUUGCUAAAGCUGUGCAGACUUGAUAAAUUAAAAAGAAAAGUAGUGCAGUCAGAUCCUAACAUAUCUCAUUUUAUAGACUCCAUUAGCAACAGUCCAACCCCCCACUUCCCCAAAAAUGGAAAUGACUGCUCACCACACCUCGUUACGAAACCAAUGAUGAAAAUGUACCUUGGUGCACCCCCUCAACAAAACAGGAUGCUUUCUCUGAGUUCUUGUAUAUGCAAAUCACGUCGGAAGCAAGUUUUCAGGAGAUCUUGAAAGCAAAAAGUUGGUAGUUGUUAGUCCUCCUCCGUUUCUGCCCUGCAUCAACAGACAGAGCUCUGGAACCUCGGCCACAACCCAGAGGUUCGGGCUUUCUAAGUGAAGGGACGUUUCUUUACGCAUCAUCUAUCAAGUUUAUUUCAAUGUAUGAUGUUUUUACAACUGGUUGGUUCUUUUGUAUUCCUACAGCUAUGGUUAUUUGAUUGUCCUCUUACAAUUUGUUCUACAUUAAAGAGUCUUUUGUUAGGAUGCAACAAACUCCUAUAAUGGUCAUUGGCCACUUGCACUCUUUUGGUGUAGAUUAAAAACUUUUUCAUAACUUAACCUGCUUUGAUUUGCUCUGUAUUUUUCCCUGCAGCUGUAAUUGCAGAGUGCCUGUUGGAUACUUUAUAGAGUUGAAAUAAAAAAUAAUUACUUUUGAA